CACACAGAGGUCCUUUGCGCUCCCACACAGGAACCUAUUUCACAUUGUCAUCUGACCUCUGACAUUUCCACCGUAGCUGGGAGGGUCAACAUUUUAAGCUUCCGCUCUUUGUUAGCGGUAUCGUUCCUUGUUCCACGUUUCAGUUAAAGGAACGGGACGAGGCAGGUUGUAGGAACAGACUGAUUUGAAGUUCAGAGAGGUCUCAAGGCGUUGAGAAGAACCGAGGAUGCUAACUACAAUUUUACUGCUUUGUGGGGCUGUUGGGCUGCUGAAAUCAGACAUGCAUUCACGGUAUCCAGGUUAUCACCAUCCCAGGCAAGGGCCAGAAGUUCAUCAGAUGCCUACACCUCCACAACCUUCUUCUCCAGCUGAGGAAUUCUGGAGAAGAGAGUCGGUCCAAGAGGAAACUUCCAAUACUGAGGCAGAAGCGGGUGAUUCUUACCCUGGAAGUCAGCAACCCAGAAAUGAGAACUGGUGUUCCUCUGUUCAAUCUCGCACCGUCACGUAUGUCGCAGUUUGCAAGACAGAGAAGUACAUAAUUAGGUCACAGCAACCAUGUCCGAAUGGGACUCCAGACUGCCAGAAGGUCAUGUACAGAACAGCUUUGAAGCCAGUCUAUAUGAUAAAACAAAAAGUUGCAAGCUUUUUACACUGGAAAUGUUGCCCAGGCUAUGUCGGCAAGAACUGUGAACAAUAUGACCCAGCUCUGUUUCCGGUGGAUACCAGUCAGCCAGAGCCCUGGGAAGAGGCAUUCUCGAACCACCGAGAAACCCAUCAAAGUCACGAAGCAUUGCUAGAAGACCUGCAGAAUGAUGUUCAUCAGAUGGCAAACAGUUUAGGAAACCUACAGAAGGUGCUUCAUCACAAUGGCACCCAUAGAAAUGGUCCUGGGGGCAUGAACCAGGACCAGUCAGAAGUCCAGCAAAUGCUCUUUCUCCACAUAAACAGUUUCUUAAAGGAGCAUUUUAAUCCUGUUUGGGCAAGCUUCAAUAAAAGUCUACAGGAUCUUUCCAUUGCUGUGCAAAACCUUUCACAGAAUGUCGAAGCUAAUCGGAAAAGCAUAGAGAGAUUCCAAGAAAGCUUUGUGCCCAGGAAAGAUUUCCAAGAGCUAGGGACAAAGUUUGAAUCCAAAGUUCAAGCAAAUGUUCUGAGGGCAGACCAGAUGAAGCGAGAAAUGGAUCGCCAUUACCAUCUACAACAGGCAGUCAUCAACUACAAUCUGACUAUGAUCAAAGCAGAUACUGACCUGAAGCUCAAAAGGCACCAGAAGAUGCAGCAAUCCUUUUUAUUAGCAUUAAACAACAGUAUGGCCGACAUGAGACAAGAGCAAAAUAAGCUUCAUGAUGAGCUUGAGGUCCUAAACAGAAAUUUUGCACUGUUCCCAAGAAAAUUAGGCAAUCAGAAUGAGGUAUUUACCGACAUACAUAUGCAGAGCCUCAAUCAGACCUUGCAAAAGCAUGCUCAAGAGCUAAAGAAACUUGAUCAGGAGUCUGAAAAAGAUUAUGAAGAACUAACUCAUUCCAUCACAAGGUUAAAAGACAGCUCAAAACGUGACAUAGAGGACUUCAGAGUACGAUUAAUAGAGGGGAGUCUCAUGAUAGAUGAAUACCGAGAAGAUGUAGAAAGGAAGAUUUUAGUUCUUAAUAAUAGUCUGGCAGGUAUUCAAGAAAGCCACUGGAAUCUACAGAAGUCCAUGAAGGCAUGCUGUUGUGAAAACCAGCCUUCAAGUACCGAUAUAGAAGACUUAACUAACACCACCCAGAUGCACGGAGAACAUAUAAAGCAUCUGGAGGCACGUUUAAAAGAUCUUGCUGCCGCUUUCCCUCUGAUACAUCAAUCUUUGGAUUUCCAGCAAGAACAGAGUCGGAAGCUGGAAGGCGGCAUGUCUCUCUUAAAGACCCAUUCUGAAGCUUUGUUUGAGAAUGUUGAUGUGCUAAAAAAAGCCAGUGAGAAGAUGCAUGGGCACAUCAAGUAUCUCAACAGUUCUUUCAACUCUUUGCUGGGCGAUGCAGUGAGGCACGAGACUGCACUUGAGGUCUUGCUUGGAGAGGAAAUUAUGGAACUCCUCUCUGAGGAAGAGCUAAUUCCAUCCACAGAUCAACUUCCAGUGAUGAGCAUCAAAUUAAUUACAGACAAUCUCAAGAAGCAAAGUAUGGCAUUAGAAUCUCUUAAGGAGAGAAUACACUCUUUGGAGACAGAUCAUGAGCAUAACCCACAUACUCAUAAAUCUUUGAAAGAUCUUGAUACUGAGAAACAAAUGGAGCUCAACCCCCAACACAGUAGAGUAGAAUAUAUGGAGCCAAACCAUGAAGCUGCCAUGGAGGAUGCCUUAGACAAUCCAGCAUACCAUGAUAUUAUGACCCUAAAAAGGGAGAUUGGACACCUUACCAAAGAGAUGAAGAAAUAUGAACUGCAAUGGGAUCAUAUUCACUUCUGCUGUAAUCAGACUAAGGCCAACCUAGAGGAUCUACUCAGUGUUUCAAUGCAGGAGGUGAGGGAAGAUCUUGUAUCAGCCAAACAAAACUUUGAAGAACAUCUAGAGGUCUUUCAGAAGUUGUUUGGAAAUAGUAAGGAGUUGGCUGCCUCAAAUGUAAGCCUGGAUGUAGCAAAGCUUCAGUUACUGAUGAGCAGAAAGAUGAGGAAGCAGCUUAAAGUGCAGGGACAACAAAACAUGAGAGACAAGAAAAGGGCCCAUGGCCACAGAGAAGGCACUUUGAAUGGAAGAAGCAGGAUAAAUGCAGAGACCCUGGAGGCAGGCACAGCGGUGGCUUUUUAUGUGCAGUAUGCCGAAGAUAAAGAGCAACAGUCAGUCUUUAAUAGCACAUACCUUAACUAUGGAGGAGGCUACUCUCAUGAACAUGGCUACUUCAAGACAUCCCACAGUGGUGUUUAUAUGGUGGCUGUCAGUGCUGAGUUUCCCCCAGGACCCGCCCUAGGACAACUAGUUGUCAGCAAUGGGCAUAGAAUGACUCUAAUACACAACAAGAAAAGGAAGUCCAGUGGUGGCUAUACCACUCUGUUUGCACUUGUGGAACUGGAGAAGGAAGACCUGAUGUGGUUUGAACUGGUGCAAGGUGCUGCAGUGAGACAGAACCCAGUUGGACUGAGCAUGGCGGGAUUUCUGCUAUUUAAAACUUGAGAAGGAUCACCUUUGCGAUAUAAGGGGCCUUCCCGUAAGCGUAGUCAACUUAAUAUUUUAACGACACAACCUGUUUUGUUUUGUCUGCAUGUGGACAUUAGGUCAGUAAUGCUUUCUAGAAGGACUUCAGUAGCUGCUUAGCCACAGUUCAAGCAGGGUGAGAUGCAGAAGUCAACGUAUUUCUUCAACUGGCCAAAAGGCAAUGAAGCAGAUGCUCGUGGCUUGUGACACCUUUCGUUGUCCUCAAAAUUUCCUGCUCAACUCCCUCACCCACAUUUGCAGAGAUAGGCUAUAACCAGGGAGAUGGAGCAACGCUUUUAGAACCCAUUCAUGGAAAAACACAACUUUGGGCUUCAUGUCGUGCAAACAAACUACCUUGUCUAAUGGGUAUGUCAUGUUUCUUCCUGCACCAUCCACAGUCAUGCUGUACGUAGGAUUAGAAACCCAAGAGUUGUAGCAAGGCAAUUUCUCCAUUUUCCUAAAUGAUCUGCAGGUAAUUACCAGCUGAUCAACCAAAACAGCAAUUCCUAAAAAGCAUUGUUUAAAGAUGACCAUAAAAGUACAGUAUAUCGUCAGAAAUAUAUCACUUCAUUUACAUUCUUGAGCCACAAUCUUCUUUACAUUCUGAGUUAAACAACCUGGAGUGAUUAUUCCCAAAGUUAAGUGCUGAAAACUGUGGGAUCAAACUCACCUGAUUAAUGGAAAUCAUUUUUAAAAAGCAUUCCUUUACAGGGCAUGAUUCCAAUUUAUGUCUCACAAUGCUUAAAAAGCAAGUAUGAAUAAAAUCAAGAGUUUCACAAAUGCAAAUUUAGAAAUCAGUAAUAAGCCCUUUGACAACACUGAUUUGCCUUUAUCUAAGAUUGGAAGGUAAGCAAAAAGGGACCUAGCUGGUGUUUGGAUUGGACAUCUCCAGACAACACCAAGGCUAUAGUUAGGAUGCGAUUUUUUUUUUAAAGGCAAUUUCUGUGGUUGCCAAGAAAACUACAUAGAUGUAUUUAUAUAAGCUUGAUCCAAAGGGGACUUCAUGUUUAGUUUGAUGAAAUUUAUCUAAUUUUUUUAAAAAAUGAGUGAGGAUUGUAUUGAUUGAGUUGCUCUACUCCAGGCACUUAUGCUAACAGAGAUGGGGGUGAUUAGUUUUUGCAUGGGAAUACUUCCUCCAUGUAUGCAUCACACUGAGUAGCAAAUACACUAGCUAGACCACCACUGACAAUCACAGCUAAUGAUCAAACAAGUGGCAUCGUUUUGCCAGGAAGCUGUAUCAGCAACACCACAGAUGUGGAAUAUGUUUCGGUCACCAGGGACAGAUAGAAGUUUACAUUUUAGUUUAGUAUCCCGUUGUAAUGUUACUGCAUCAUUUCUUGAUGAUAUAGAUGUACCGUACUCCCUGAUUUGGGGCUGUAAUAAAUGUGAUUACUA